CCAGCUUCGAGGUCCCGGUCCCUGGCCACCCAGUCCCGUCCCCCCAAAAACCCCCCCCAUACGCCUCCCGAUACUUGUUUUCACACCACCCACUGCCGCCUCAAAAGAAGUGGGGAACUUCUCAACAACUUUUUGAAUUCUCGUUGGGCUGCACCGUCGCCCCCUUCUAAAUAAAACAUCGACCCGUCCUCCUCUCUCGUCCUCAAUCCCUUCAUCCUCACAUCGACCUUCAUUCCCUCCGGUAUCAGUCGACCUUCAUACCGACUUCGCCAUGCCGUCCUCACAGCCUACCGCCGGUGACCUGGCAGUCAAGCCAGAGUACCUCUCCUCCACCCCCAACCCAAUGGCAAAACCCUCGGAGCCAAACCGAAGCUCGAAGUAUGACCCCAAGAAGCCUCACAUCACCGAGACCCCAAUGACAACGUCGAACUGGUAUAAACACGUCAAUUGGCUCAACGUCACCCUCAUUGUCCUGAUUCCUAUCUACGGCUGCGUUCAGGCCUUGUGGGUGCCUCUCCAGUUCAAGACCGCUGUCUGGGCUGUCCUCUACUACUUUGCCACUGGUUUGGGCAUCACAGCUGGAUACCACAGGUUAUGGGCUCACACCUCCUACUCCGCGACUCUUCCCCUCAGAGCGUUCCUUGCCGCUGUCGGCGGUGGUGCCGUCGAAGGCUCCAUCAGAUGGUGGGCACGCGAUCACCGAGCACACCACAGAUAUACCGACACCGAAAAAGACCCAUACUCCGUACGCAAGGGUCUGCUCUACUCGCACUUGGGAUGGAUGAUCAUGAAGCAAAACCCCAAGAGAAUCGGUCGUACUGACAUCUCCGACCUCAACGAAGACCCCGUGGUCAUCUGGCAACACAAGAACUACCUCAAGGUUGUCAUUUUCAUGGGUCUCGUCUUCCCCAUGAUCGUUUCUGGUCUCGGUUGGGGCGAUUGGUUCGGUGGCUUCAUCUACGCCGGUAUCCUCCGCAUCUUCUUCGUCCAGCAAGCCACUUUCUGCGUCAACUCCCUGGCCCAUUGGCUUGGUGACCAGCCUUUCGACGACCGCAACUCUCCCCGUGACCACGUUAUCACGGCUUUGGUCACCCUGGGUGAAGGCUACCACAACUUCCAUCACGAAUUCCCCUCCGACUACCGCAAUGCCAUUGAGUGGCAUCAGUACGACCCUACCAAGUGGUCCAUCUGGGUCUGGAAGCAACUCGGUCUUGCCUAUGACCUCAAGCAAUUCCGUGCCAACGAAAUCGAGAAAGGCCGCCUCCAGCAACAACAGAAGAAGCUUGACCAGAAGCGCGCCAGACUCGACUGGGGUGUCCCUCUUGAUCAGCUACCGGUGUUGGAGUGGGAUGACUAUGUUGAACAAGCCAAGAAUGGUCGUGCUCUUGUUGCAAUUGCUGGCAUCGUGCACGAUGUGACCGAGUUCAUCAAGGACCACCCCGGUGGCAAGGCGAUGAUCAACUCUGGUAUCGGCAAGGAUGCCACUGCCAUGUUCAACGGCGGUAUCUACAUGCACAGCAAUGCUGCUCACAACCUGCUGUCUACUAUGAGAGUCGGUGUCAUUCGUGGUGGCUGCGAGGUGGAGAUCUGGAAACGAGCACAAAUGGCAGCCAAGGGUGAGGUUUCUCGAGACAGCUCCGGUGAGCGAAUUGUCCGAGCUGGUCUACAACCCACCAAGGUUCUGCAAAACACACCGACAGCUGGAGCUGCUUGAGUGAUUCGAUGACGGCACGAAGUAUCUUUUGACCUGAUGCAAAAAACAAUUAUCUGCUUAGCGAAUGUAUAUAUUGUGUUAUGGCGUUUCCCUUUCUGUUUCGAGGAUCACGGUUGUGAGAUCCAUAGACCUUGAUCUGUGGGCUUGGAUGGAUUCAGCUUUAAGAAGGUUAUGCUGUGAAGCAAUUAAAUACCCCCAAUUCUAAAUAGUACGAGGAAUCAAUCUUA